AUGAGUACAGAUGAACCUUCAUCAACAACAAACAAUUUGAAUAAUUUACGAACUGCUGUUCGUGAUACGACAAGUGUCCUACAUACAACCGUUGAUAAAUUAGUUCAACGCGGUGAUCAUUUAGAGAAUUUAGAUAAACGUGCCGAAACUUUUUCCCAAUCAGCCUAUCAAUUUCAUGGACGUGCUAGACAAAUUCGUCAACGAAUGAGAUGGGAAAAUUAUAAAAUAACAAUUAUAAUUGUAUGCGUUGUUGCUGUAAUUAUCACAGUUAUUAUAAUAUUAAGUGUACAACCGUGGAAAAAAAAGUGA